CUCUCCCUCGCCGCGCUCAAGAAGGCGCUGGCCGCCGGCGGCUACGACGUGGAGAAGAACAACAGCCGCAUCAAGCUGGGGCUCAAGAGCCUCGUCAGCAAGGGCACCCUGGUGCAGACCAAGGGCACCGGCGCCUCCGGCUCGUUCCGCCUCAGCAAGAAGCCGGGAGAGGUGAAGGAGAAGGCUCCUAGGAAGAGAACGCCCGCGGCCAAGCCCAAGAAACCGGCGGCCAAGAAACCUGCCAGCGCAGCCAAGAAGCCCAAGAAGGCGGCGGCGGCGGCGAAGAAGAGCCCCAAGAAAGCCAAGAAGCCGGCGGCCGCAGCCACCAAGAAGGCGGCCAAGAGCCCUAAGAAGGUGACCAAGGCUGCCAAGCCCAAAAAGGCGGCGACUGCCAAAAGCCCGGCCAAGGCAAAGGCAGUGAAGCCCAAAGCUGCCAAAUCCAAGGCGGCCAAACCGAAGGCAGCCAAGGGAAAGAAGGCAGCGGCCAAGAAAUGAAGUAUUGAUGUGGAAAUACUUAAACCCAACGGCUCUUUUAAGAGCCACCCACUACUGUCCGAAAAAGAGCUGAGACACUCGGACAGUAAGCUCCACGCCUGCAGCGAAGCUCACGAUUCGCCAUUAUUUACCCGCGAUCAAAUGGCAUGCUCGCCUGCAGAAAUAGCAGGACUCUCAGCUGCGGGACGUGGUUAAGAUAGGGCUGGAAAAAAAUAAAGUUUGCGCUCUCUGGAGGAGAGGGGGGAAA